AUGGAAGCCUUGGGACAUGUAGGCAUCGGCCUUUGCACUCAAAAACUAGUUCCUCCGUUAAAAAAACCCUCAAAAGUAACCUCCACCACAAUCACCUGCUCCGCCAGUAAAUGGGCCGAUCGGCUUCUCGGCGAUUUUCAAUUCUUCACCACCACCGACUCCUCCUCUGACCUCCUCCACCACUCCCUCUCCUCUUCCACCGCCACUCUCGCUCCUGCUCCCCCUCUCUCCCCUCCCGAACGCCACGUCUCCAUCCCUCUCCACUUCUAUCAGGUUUUAGGAGCUGAAACACAUUUCCUUGGAGAUGGAAUAAAGAGAGCUUAUGAAGCUAGGGUUUCUAAACCACCACAAUACGGCUUCAGUCAAGACGCUUUAAUUAGCCGCAGACAAAUUCUCCAAGCUGCUUGUGAAACCCUAGCUGAUCCUGCAUCAAGAAGAGAUUACAAUCAAGGCCUUAUUGAUGACGAGACCGAUACCAUCAUCACUCAAGUUCCCUGGGACAAGGUUCCGGGGGCUUUGAGUGUGUUGCAAGAAGCAGGGGAGACUGAGGUGGUGCUUCAAAUUGGAGAGAGUUUGUUAAGAGAGAGAUUGCCAAAGUCGUUUAAGCAAGAUGUGGUGCUGGCAAUGGUGCUUGCUUAUGUGGAUAUGUCGAGGGAUGCUAUGGCGUUGGAUCCACCGGAUUUUAUUAGAGGGCGUGAGGUGUUAGAGAGGGCUUUGAAGCUGCUGCAGGAGGAAGGUGCCAGUAGCCUUGCACCUGAUUUACAAUCACAGAUUGAUGAGACAUUGGAAGAGAUUACCCCUCGAUCUGUCCUAGAACUUCUUGCCUUGCCCCUCAGCGAUGAAUAUCGAACAAGAAGGGAGGAGGGUCUCCAAGGAGUGCGGAACACAUUAUGGGCUGUGGGAGGAGGGGGGCAGCACCUGUUGCUGGAGGAUUUACCAGGGAAGAUUUCAUGA